CCAACUCUGACCAAUGACCAUAUCCAAGCGUGUAUGUAAUGUACCUAGUCAACAUGUUACAAGUCGUGGCCCUCCUCACCUUAUUAUAUAUGUCAUCUACAUAAACAUCAGACAUCACACACCAACAUCAUUAUUAUGUUCUUUGAUACAAAAGUACUCAAUUAUCCUACAAUUCACAAAUCUAUCUCCAUGGCGUCCACGAUGCAAAGAACAAGCAGCUCCGCGGCCAGUAACGAGAGGCAACUUAGCCAGCUACAGAGACGAGCUCCGUCUUUAAUGAUCAAACCAACGUCUUUUAGUAACUGGAACGUGGCGAUCCCUCUCCUUUCACCGCUCGCUCCUUCUCUAACAUCAUCCUUCGACCAAUCACAUGUUCCUCCGCCGCAGAACAAGACUGAGAUACCAGUGGAAGAAGAGGUGAAGAAGACACCAGUUUUCAAGAAAUGGCAACAUCCCGCGUCGCCGUUCUGCUACGAGCCAACAACGUUUGUCCCACCGUUCAUCCAGGUUUAGAACGGUUCAUCAAAAUUUUGUAGAUUUGAUGACUCAGCUACCAGCCCCGUGUGAAUUUUGUUCCUGUGAUAUUACACGCGGUUAACUAUUUUUCACGUUUUUGUAUCAGUUUUAUCCUCUAAGAGAUAAUAUUAUUCACUAACAAAGUAUUAAUUCAAGUUC